UUCUACCCACGGAAGUGACGGUGAGGUGGCGAUGGCGGCUUGCUGUUCGAUUUCGGAUUUGCUCUGAACUACAGGGGGUUUUAUGGUGACUGACUUUUGCCGGCGCUUCACCAAAUAGUUGCACAGCGGUCAAAACAAGUAGGAGAAGACCCAUCCCGAAUGCGACGCCGAAAUAGCCUAACCUUGCUUUUAUAAUUAACGAAGGUUUGAAUACAACAAGCCGGAACAGUGCAUUAGCUUGCUGGCUCUCAAACUAGCCUGCUAGUAAACGUUAGCGAGGUACUUGGUUGGAAGUAGCUGUCUACCGUGGCGUUAGCUGGCUAGCUCGGCACAGCUAGCAGUUGUCGUCAACAGUACAUUUUUGUGGACCUGCUUUGCUUCUUUUUAAAUGAUGGCUGGUGUGUAUAGUAUUUGGGCAAAUGUUAGACUUCUUUAACAUUUUAUUGGAGUGCCAAGCAGACGUACGGAGGCACUCAUUCCUCCAGUCUUCUGAAUUGAAUUUUAAGGACCAGCUGAGACGGACUCUUCAAGACGAUUUGUUUUUUAAGUAGCCGACUCCGUGGAGUCGAAAGGGAAGAGGUCUGAACUGAGGAAAAAACAUCCACUUGGACUUGUUUCGUGGCUGCUGGACUGUGUCGCGGAGUGUCAACAUGCUGAAGACUCGCCAAUGGCUACUUGGGGUCCGCACAUUUCUGAGCGUGACGUCCAGAAUAUGGGGCUUUUUCAUGUACAUUCUCAGGAAGCAUCUACGGACGAUAAUCCAGUAUCAGACGGUGCGCUACGACACUUUACCGUUGUCGCCCAUCUCCAGAAACAGACUCAACGCGGUGAAGCGGAAGGUCCUGGUUCUGGAUCUGGAUGAGACCCUCAUCCACUCGCACCACGACGGAGUGCUCAGACCCACAGUGCGGCCGGGGACCCCGCCAGACUUCAUCCUCAAGGUAGUAAUCGAUAAACACCCAGUCCGGUUCUUUGUACAUAAAAGACCACACGUCGACUUCUUUUUAGAAGUGGUCAGUCAGUGGUAUGAGCUGGUGGUGUUUACUGCCAGUAUGGAGAUCUACGGCUCUGCCGUGGCAGACAAGCUGGAUAACAACAGAGGGAUCCUGAAGCGGCGAUACUAUAGACAGCAUUGCACGCUGGAUUUAGGUAGUUACGUAAAAGACCUUGCUGUGGUCCACGAUGACCUGUCCAGUGUAGUCAUCCUGGACAACUCGCCAGGCGCCUACCGCAGCCAUCCAGACAAUGCAAUACCAAUAAAGUCGUGGUUCAGCGACCCAAGCGAUACUGCACUUCUAAACCUGCUGCCUAUGCUAGAUGCACUAAGAUUCACGGCGGACGUCCGGUCGGUCCUCAGUCGAAACCUCCACCAGCAUCGGCUGUGGUGAUGGCGCAGCUGGCAAGGGGAGAGGGCUGGUGGCAUCUGCUCUACUCACAGCCGCCCUCCCUGCCCAGUGCCCAGCUCAUCACACCCCAUCCUGCCUAACUGAUGCCUCUUUGCCUCUCUCUCUUCUCUCUCUCUUCUCUCUCUCUUCUCUCUCUCUCUCUCUGUAUCUCUCUACAUCUCUAUCUAUCUCUCACAUACUGCUGACCUCGUCCUGGAGCGACACACAUGCUCAGAGGGGUCACAGACAGAGAGACAGACAAUUCAGAUGGACACAUAACGCAGGGUUGGAUGGGGACUGACCGGGCCGAGCGAAACCUUGGAAUACUUCUUCUUUUAGUUUCGUUUUCUUUGUUUAUCCCAAUUUUACUCUCCUUUUUUUCGUUUGAGUCCCCAGCCUUACAGUUGUGUGUGUGUGUGGAGAAAAGGGUGCUCACCUUGAGCAUACAUCUGCUUUGUGUGUGUGUGUGUGUGUGUGUGUGUGUGUGUGUGUGUGUGUGUGUGUGUGUGUUUGCGUUUGUUUGUUUUGUGUGUGUGUGUAUGUGUGCGUGCAUGUGUGCCUGCGCAUGCAUAGGCGUGCUUUCGUGUGCGUGUGUGUGUGCAUGUGUGUGCGUGCGUGAGUGUGUAUGUUUUAUUGUUCUGCAAGGCGGUGUGUGUGAGUGCUGAGGAACAAGAGGACAGUUCUUAUUAUUACGCAUUGCAAGUUUUGUUUUUCUGCCCCCCUUCCUCUCCACGCCCAAUUUUUUUUGUCAGGUUUGUUGAGCUAGCUCUGAAUGCCACCAAGAACAUCAGUAUCUUUUUGGACGAACGGACUAAAAACUGCAGACCCCUGUCUGUAGUGCUGACCACAAGCCUUUUGAAUUUGUAUGCCUCUUGCUUCUAAGGACACCAGUUCACUAUUGUACUGGUUAAAAUUAAGGGUUUUGUUUUUCAGGUGGAAGUUGUGGGACUUUUAAAAAUUUGAGGUACUUUUAUGGUGAAAAAAAAAAAGAUAACGUAUUACAAGGAAUGUAUGUGAUGUAGAUAUUGACUGCUGUACACAUGGGGCAAUCGUGAGAACUGAAAAUUGAGACUUGUCAUUUUGUUUUGUUUUUUAAAGAAAAAAAUCUGUGAAAUGUAAUUCCACAUGAUUGGUAUCACUCACUUUACAUCCAUCCUGCGUAGUCUUGGACAUCGACUCUAGUCUUGACUGAGUUGACGCAUUUUUUGAGAACACCAAAAGGACAACAAAAAAUGGCAAGGGACGAGGAAAAGGAUGCUGAACCUGUUUAUGGAUGCCUUGCUUUGUUUUUUGUUUUGUUUUUGUUUUAAUUUUGGAUUUCGUUUUUCCACCCUCUUUAUCCUUAUGGACGAGAACAGGGUUGUCCCAGACCUAUCCGAUGGGAAGACCCAUGCUCCCCCCUUCAUGUUUCAUAACAACGUAACUUGAAUUCAUGGAACUUGCACUUCGUUGAUUGAACUGAUGACUGAGCAACAGCUACCCAGAGUCCAUCCUUAAUUUUCAUGUUUUAUGUUUUUUUUUGUGUUUUUUUGUUUUGUUUUUUAAACGGCAAUUUUUGAAAACCCUCCCCUUUUGCACCUGUCUGUGUGGUCCAGACAGGGCGGCAGUUGAACCAUUGUAGUCUGGGUGCUCAAGGCAGCUCGCUCAGGCUCAGUACCCGGUUCUGUGCGUGAUACUAAUAAAACACGUCAGUAUCAA